GCUUCGAAAUAAUUAUGUAUCUAGACCGAAUGUGAAGCGCGUCUUAGACUCCGCCUUAAUGACCGUCCAAGACUCCAACGCGCUGUGACAUCACCACCACGGUUGCCAUAGCAAGAUGGCAGGUUCACAAAAAGCUCCUGUGAAGAAACAAGCCUCCCUCACCAGCUUCUUUCCUUCGAGGACGGUUAAUGGCUUAGCCUCCACUCAGAGCCACGAUGUAGGCUCGUCGCCCCCGAACGAGGCCAGCGUCGAAGCUCCCCGAAAACGGCCGCUUGAAGAGGAUACCGACAACGGGAAUGAGAACCUCGACAGAACAACCAAGCGUCCCAAGGCUGACACCGUCGACGGUGACAAGAGUACCUUCUUUCCCAACGACGCCACCCCAAGGACGACCAAAUCUGCACCAAAGUCAUCUGCUAUAACCGAUCGUUAUGUCUACGAGGCAGACCGCUCGAGCGCGAAUAAUAUCGACGAAGAGCAAGUGGAAUACGAACCGUUGGAAAAGCGCAAAAAGGAUGAACUGCAUAAGAAGUUUGUGAAGAAGCUCGGGCAGGCUGACAGCAUGGCCCAAAUCAAGAGGCGAAACCUGUAUACCGACGGGACUCCUGCUUUGGAUAGCGAAGAGGCCGAAGCUGCUGAGGAUCCCGAAGAGGACGAGGCUCCAGUAUCUGCUAAAUCGCGGAAGAAAGGGGCAAAGACAGGCAAGCUCACGCCCAUGGAGAUCCAGUUCCUAGACAUCAAGAGGAAGCACAUGGAUACGCUCUUGAUUGUCGAGGUCGGAUACAAGUUCAAAUUCUUCGGUGAGGAUGCUCGGAUUGCCGCAAAAGAGCUUAGCAUCGUUUGCAUACCUGGGAAGUUCAGGUACGACGAGCAUCCUUCGGAAGCCCAUCUAGACCGGUUUGCCUCUGCGAGUAUUCCUGUGCACCGCCUCCCAGUUCACGCCAAGCGUCUCGUUGCCGCAGGACACAAAGUUGGCGUUGUGAGGCAAAUCGAGACAGCAGCGUUGAAAAAAGCAGGGGACAAUCGAAACGCACCUUUCGUCCGGAAACUCACCAAUGUAUACACCAAGGGAACGUACGUAGACGAAAUUGGCGAGCUCGACCAAUCCGGCCCGCAGGCGGGUGCACCGUCCGGGGGUUAUCUGCUCUGUAUCGCGGAAUCUAAAGCCAAAGGCGGAGGCACCGACGAAAAGGUCGAUGUUGGUAUUGUGGCCGUACAGCCUGCCACUGGCGACAUCAUCUAUGAUAGCUUCGAGGACGGUUUCAUGCGGAGCGAGGUCGAGACCAGAUUGCUCCACAUUUCUCCCUGCGAGUUCCUCAUCGUCGGCGAGCUCACGAAGGCUACUGACAAGCUCGUCCAAAACCUCUCGGGGAGCAGCACCAAUGUCUUUGGCGACAAGAGCCGCGUGGAGCGAGUCCCCAGGAGUGAAACGAUGGCCGCAGAGGCGUAUUCCCAUGUCACGCAAUUCUACGCAGGGAAGACGAAGGACAGUGAUGAGCGUUCUGCCACCCUCCUUGACAAGGUACUGCACCUACCUGAACUUGUCACUGUCUGCCUCUCGGCAAUGAUAAACCAUUUGACCGAAUAUGGACUGGAGCACGUAUUUAACCUCACGAAAUAUUUCCAAUCAUUCACCACGCGCCAACACAUGUUGAUCACCGGCACGACACUAGAGAGCCUCGAGGUUUACAGGAACGCAACGGAUCAUUCUGAAAAGGGCAGUCUACUCUGGGCGCUUGAUAAGACGCAAACUCGCUUUGGUCAGCGACUCCUGAGGAAGUGGAUCGGUCGACCAUUGCUAGAUCAGCAACGGCUGGAAGAGAGGGUAUCUGCAGUCGACGAGCUUCUCGAGGGCCAGUCAACCGCGAAGGUCGACAAGCUGGGACACCUCCUUGGCGGUAUUAAGGCCGACUUGGAACGGAGCCUCAUUCGCAUCUAUUACAGCAAAUGCACUCGACCAGAGCUGCUAUCAACCCUGCAAACUCUCCAGAAGAUUGCUUCCGAGUUUGCCCGGGUAAAAUCCCCAGCGGAUACAGGUUUCAAAUCGGACCUCCUCAGCGAGGCGGUCUGCUCGCUGCCAGCCAUCAGUGAUGUUGUCAUGGCAUAUCUUGGGAAGAUCAACCCAGAGGCGGCACGCAGGGAUGAUAAGUAUGCCUUCUUCCGCGAUGACGAGGAGACCGACGACAUCACAAACCAUAAGAUGGGCAUCGCGGCUGUUGAGCAGGAGCUUGAUGCACAUCGCAAGGACGCAGCAUCCAAGCUGUCCAAGAAGACCCCGGUGACCUACGUGACCGUAUCCGGUAUCGAGUACCUCGUUGAGGUCUCAAAUGCGGACCUCAAGAAUGUCCCACCCUCCUGGGUGAAGGUCAGCGGGACAAAGAAGCUCUCGCGCUUCCAUACGCCCGAGGUGAUUACACUGAUGGCCGAGCGGGAUCAGCACAAGGAAGCCUUGGCCGCCGCGUGUGACACCGCAUUCUCGGCCCUGCUGGCUUCGGUUGCGAACGACUAUCAACCCCUCCGCGACGCCGUCGCCUCACUUGCAACCCUAGACUGCCUCAUGUCGCUGUCAAAGGUGGCUGCCCUUCCCGGCUACUCCAAGCCGACCUUCCUUCCGGCAUCGGCGCCGCCCACCAUCAGCGUGACUGAGGGCCGCCAUCCCAUCGCGGAGCACACCCUCCCAAACGGAUACAUACCAUUCACGACGUCGCUCUCAUCGCCUGCGCCGCUAGCGCAGCUGAUCACGGGCCCCAACAUGGGCGGCAAGUCGUCGUACGUGCGCGCCGUGGCGCUCCUCGUGCUCCUCGCGCAAGUCGGCUCCUUCGUCCCCGCGGCGGCGAUGGAGCUGACGCUCGCGGACGCGAUCCACACGCGCAUGGGCGCGCGCGACAACCUGUUCGCGGGCGAGAGCACCUUCAUGGUGGAGGUGUCGGAGACGGCGGCGAUCCUGCGCUCGGCGACGCCGCGCAGCCUCGUAGUCCUGGACGAGCUCGGCCGCGGCACCAGCACCCACGACGGCGCGGCCAUCGCGCACGCCGUCCUCGACCACGUCGUCCGCGAGACCCGCUGCCUCACCCUGUUCAUCACCCACUACCAGAACCUGGCCCGCGUCGCGGCGGGGCUCGGCGGCGGGAGGGUCCGCUGCGUGCACAUGCGCUUCACGGCGAGGGGCGGCGGUGGCGGGGCGGAGGGCGGGGAGCGGGAAGGCGAGGAGGAGAUCACGUUCCUGUACGAGGUGGGCGAGGGCGUCGCGCAUCGGUCCUACGGCCUCAACGUCGCGAGGCUGGCGAGGGUGCCGCGGAAGGUGAUAGAUGUCGCGGCGCUCAAGUCCGCCGAGCUGGAGGCGGAGAUCAGGGUCCGCAGGUUGAGGGGCGCCGCUAGGCUGAUGGGCGAUGUGCUCGGCGGCCGGGCGGACCAGCUGGACCAGCUGAUAUCGGGUAUUGAACAGCUGUAAUGUAAUAAUAUCGUGGGAGGUUUACCGUUGCCCUGGUAUGGGGCCUAAUAUUCAAGCAUCCUACUUGUCGAAGUUCCCGAAUGGUCUCCUUCACCCCCUUUCACAAAAAGAUAUAGCACUACGGCGAGAAUUUAAGGAGGAUGUCAGGAUUUCCG